AUGGACGAUGACGAGAAGGGAAAACUGUUCGUUGGCGGUCUCUCGUGGGAGACGUCGCAGGAGAACCUGCAGAGGUACUUCUCGCGCUACGGCGACGUGAUCGACUGCGUCGUGAUGAAGAACAGCGAGUCUGGCAGGUCGCGAGGGUUCGGCUUCGUCACCUUCGCAGAGCCGUCCUUGGUGAAUGUUGUGCUGCAGAACGGGCCGCACCAGCUCGACGGCAGGACGAUCGACCCGAAGCCCUGCAACCCGCGCACCCUGCAGAAGCCCAAGCGAGGGGGCGGCUACCCCAAGGUGUUCCUCGGCGGCCUGCCCUCCAACAUCACCGAGACCGACCUUAGAAUGUUCUUCGGCCGCUACGGCAAGGUCAUGGAGGUCGUGAUCAUGUACGACCAGGAGAAGAAGAAAUCCCGAGGCUUCGGUUUCCUAUCGUUUGAAGACGAGGUGUCAGUGGAGAGAGUGACCCAGGAACACUUCAUCAAUCUCAACGGCAAACAGGUGGAGAUCAAGCGCGCGGAGCCGCGCGACGGGUCCGGCAAGCUGGGCUCCGGCUCCGGCGGCAUGGGCGGCGGCGGGAUGGGGGGCGCGCCCGGGGACGCGCCCGCCGCCGGCCAGUGGGGGCCCCCGCAGGCGGCGCCCAUCAACAUGAUGCAGGGGCACAACGGGCAGAUGGGCGGGCCGCCGAUGAACAUGCCCAUGGCGGGGCCCAACAUCAUCACGGGCUACCAGGGCUGGGGCACGUCGCCCGGGCAGACGUCGUACGCGGGCUACGGCGCGGCGGGCGGCGGCGCCGGCCCCGCCCCCGGCAACUACCAGGGCUGGGGCGCCCCGCCCGCCCCCCAGGCGCCGCCCCACGCGCCCGCCUGGCCCGCCACCAACAACUACACACAGCACGCGCAGCCGCCCGCCCAGGGCUACGGCAGCUACGCGAACUACAGCUCGGCGCCGGCGGGCGCGUCGGCCGGCGGCAGCUGGACCACGUGGAACAUGCCGCAGAACUCCAACUCGACCGGCUCCGGCUCGUACGUGCCGCUGUCGGAGAGCGGCGAGAUGUACGGGCGCGGCGCGGGCGGGGCGGGCGGCGCCGCGGCGCCCGCCCUCACCGGCGCGCUCUCGUCGGGCGCGCUCAACAAGUCGUCGUCGGAGUACUCCACGUACCAGCAGUACCCGCCCGCGUACCAGCAGGACCAGUUGGUCGAUCAGGGUCCACAAGAGUGGCUCCUCCAGAAAGACAAU